AUGAAAGUUUCUGCAAUUGUUUUCGCCGCUGCUUUCUUCGCUCUUUCUCAGGCUGCUCCAUCUAGCAAGAACGGUCUAAAGUGCAAGCCCUCCGGCAAGACUGGCAAGAUCAUUGGCCACAACGGUGGUGCUAAGCACAGGGAUAUGUACGAGUUCAACUUCAAGGCCGGUUCGAGCGGUCCUAAGGUGCUUCGAGCCUCGGAUGAUGCAACGCAGGAAUUUGAGUUCUAUACUUGCGAAGCGCCAUCAGACAAGUUUGCUGGCGCCGCCCUCGGUGCAUCGUACGGUCAACUCCGCAGCAAGGACGAUAAGAAUAUGUGCGUGACGUCUGGCACAUCUGUGACCAAGAAUGAAGAUGGCCUCGUCUCUAUUACCUCGCACAACGAUGGUCGCGUUACUCUUGAGAAGUGCUCGAGUGAUGAGGAGACUGCUCGCAGGCAGUGGUUCUCGGUUUCACAGGGCGUGCCAACAUGCCCACCUCUUCUGUCGCAAAUGGGCUUCAAGAACGAUGUGACACAGUCGUACAUUGGUCAGAACAAUGACCACACCGCCCACUUUGAGGCUAAUCUGUUCUACAACAUGGAUGAGCACAUCUACCUUGCCGACAAGGUGCCAAAUGGUUGCAAGUAA